AUGGGUAGUAAAUGUUAUAAACUUAUGUUAGACUGCAAUAGAAGAUACAGUUUGAUAAACGGAGUGGGAUCUAUUAGUUGGCCAGGUAUAUGUGGAAAUGGUAAUGGUACCACGAGCUGUAAAUAUGUUCGAUUUUAUCCUUUACAACAAAAAUCAACUGAAAUAAGCAUUACCUGUGUUAAUGGAGAUAAAAACCUUUGCUCAUUGAGUUUGAAUAAUUGGUGUUUGGGUGUUUUGAAGUGCAAAAAGUCUCACAGUAUGAUGAUUCCAUACGUGUACACGUGGAGACAGCAUGCAAAAAUGAACAAAUAG